UGACCGGCCCUCCCCCCUGCUCCCGAAUGGCCCCGCCCGAGUUGGGCCGGGGGGCGCGCACGUGGACUGGGUCCUGCGCGGGAGCGGCGCGAGGGGCAGGAUGCUGUCCUGAGCUGGAAGAUGGCUUUGUGGGCCCGGCAGGUCUCCCGCUGGUGCCGCCUGCUGCCAGCGGCCCAUGCUGCGGGAUUUGUCGGGAGGCCGUGGGCCCGCAGCAGCACCGCACAGGCCCGGCCUGGGUUUGCCCCUCUGGCUCUGCUGCCCUCUAGUUACGAAGUUUUUCCGUGGAGAUUGCAGACAUGCAGACAUGUAUCUGUAGGAAGCUGUUCUUCAUCCGACUGUGCCAAGGAUGACAGUAAAUUGCCUUCACCUGUGAAACAGGAACAAGCAAAACCAGAAACAUUACCUGAUCUGAAUGCCAAAGUACUGUAUGAAGACUGGGAUGACAUCCCACCUUCAUCUGCUUUAGCACAGAUUUCUGAGGAAGAAGCAGUGCAGAUCAUAGCAGAACCACUUCUUCCUCUUCAGUCUUCAACACUCAGAGAUUACGUUGAUCACUCGGAAACCCUGGCAAAACUUGUCCACCUAGGAGUUGACUUAUCCCAAGUGGAGAGACGGCCGAAGGCAGGCCAACUCUUACUGACCUUGGACUUUGAAAAAGAUAUAAAAAAAAUACUUCUGUUCCUUAAGGAUGUGGGUUUAGAAGACAAUCAGCUGGGACCAUUCCUGACCAAAAAUCCAUACAUCCUUGCUGAAGAUCUGGAAGCUUUAGAAACCAGAGUGGCUUACCUAAAAUCAAAAAAAUUUGGUGAGGCAGAAAUCGCUCAGAUGGUCUCAAGAGCUCCAUAUUUGCUGUUGUUUUCAGUUGAAAGACUGGAUAACAGACUGGGUUUCUUCAAAAAUGAACUUGGCUUCAGUGUAAAAAAGACAAAGGAUCUGGUGAUUCGUCUUCCAAGGCUACUUACUGGCAAAUUAGAGCCUGUAAAAGAAAAUCUGCAGGUUUGUCAGAUUGAACUUGGUUUUCAACGUAAUGAAAUUCGAGAGAUUGUGUUUAAAACCCCCAAGAUCUUAACUGCAAGUAAAAAGAGACUCAGACAGACAUUUGACUACUUACACAACAUAAUGGGCAUUCCCCACCACAUGCUUACUCGCUUUCCUCAGAAUUUGAAGAGAUGGAAAAACUGUCUAGUGGCUUGUUCCCUGACUAACCCUCCCUCCUAAAUAUUAGAAAACCAAGGUAGUACAGUAGUGAUUAAGUUGCAUGAUUAUCUGCUUUUAUUGUAACAGCUAAUAAUGGUAUUCUUUUCCUUGUAUGGUAGAAAAAAGUUCACUGUUACAUAUACAAAGCCUUCAUACAAACAGGCAUUUUUCGAUGUGUUUCUUUGUGAACCUGUCUGAUAAAGUUAAACUCCUAAAAGCCGUGCAGUGAAACAUGGUUUGAUACAAUCUUCAAGCUUGGCAAAUAGGCAAAUUACAAAAAGAAAAUAAACUCCUCUUAGAUUUCAAAGACAAGUAUAUUUUUAAGUUGCUUUAUCUUCCCCUUGUAGAGGAGGGGAAGCAGUUUUUCCCCACCCCAGUGAGAUUUGGGUGGCUCUGGUAUAGAAGUAACCAUAUGAAAAGAGGCUGUAGGACAGAGUUUAUGAUAGAGUUGUCUUGCUCAGUUAUAACAACUGAAGUGAAUGCUAAUAUUAGGAUUUAUAUGAUUAUUAAAAAUACUUAAUCUAUCAAUAAACAAAUGGCAUUAAUAUGGAAUUAUCAAAUGCUUCACAGUGUAUUUAGUCAAUCCGACUAAAGCCAAACUAUCUGAUGGUUUAUUGUUCAGAAGCUUCCAUUCUGUUGAAAUAGUUCAGGAAAGUGAAAUCCAGAUAUUUUCAUUUGGAUUUAUGAUUAUUUAAUGAAAAACUCUCAGUGUUUGAAAAGCUUAAUAAUAGAGUUUAAAAUACCAAUUUAGGUCACAGUAGUGUAAGAGCCUGAAGAAGAUAUAUGCAAGCAGGAGAACAAAUUUCAAAAGAUUAAAUUUCCUUAGGGGGGAAAUACGGUAAGGUGAAAGAGAUGUUUAGACAAUACUACUCAUUUCUGUAUCACAACUCGAGUCUUUUAUCCAAAAUAAAAAUUUCUGAUUUGAAUUACAAUGCCCAAUAAAAGGCAUAUUUUCAGAACAAGCCGGAUCAAAAUUAUUUACUUGGGCUUAAAACAAAGUAAAAAGCCAAGCCACAGUAAUUGUCUUCAGUAUAUAUCAGAAAUGCUCUCUGUUGUUCUCACAUUUCAUACUGUUGGCCUAGGAAGAUGACUUUAAAUCUUGUUCUUGGUUGAGCUGAAGAAUGUUUCACCUGAAGUUGUGGCUGAAAUGUGGUGGCUAAACACUUUCGCCAUUCCUUCCUUUCAAAUAAAAAUAAUUAAGUCUAAU